AGUUUCUGUUUGCUAGCGUAGCCUAUAUAUGUCUAGAGAAGUGUGAAGAACACAUCAGCUAGUCGAGGUUGUGCUGUAGGUGAUGUUCUUGUAGUUCAGUGGUUGAAGCAUUACGUCACUAACCCACGAAGUCGUGGGUUUGAAAGACAGUGCACUCUACUCACUGAUGAGAUCAUAAUCUACAGCACAACCUUAAUACAACAGAACCAUUUUUAACUUCUAUUUUAACUUUUUACACGACUUCUUUUACAUUUAUUCUGCAACAUGGACUUGUGGUUCAUCUUUCUCGCUUACCUGCCGUACUUCAUUGCAAAAGGUGUGUUUGGUGAUGAAGUGAAGUCAGUGUCAGUGAUGGAGGGACAGAAUGUUACUCUACACACUGAUACUCAACUACAGACGGAUGAUGUGAUCCUGUGGAAUUAUAGGCCUAAAAACACAGUUGUGGCAAUAAUCAACUGGAAGGCCAAAAGCAUCAAGUUAUCAGAUGAUGAGAGAUUCAGAGACAGACUGGAGGUGAAUAAUCAGACUGGAGAUCUCACCAUCAGUGAUGUCAAAACCACAGAGUCUGGACUUUAUACACUUAUGAUCAACAGAAAUAAUGAAAUCUCAAACAAGAUCUUCAAUCUCACUGUCAAUGGUAAUUUCCUUCCCCUGAAUCACAUCACAAAACCCACUCAAGAUCUACACAACACUGAACUCAAUAACAAGUCUUCAGAGUCUCCUGACCAGUGGCUCAUUGUAAUAACAGCUGUAGUUGUGUCUGUGUUGUGUGUGAUCAUCAUCAUCAUCAUCAUCAGCAUCAUCAUGAAGAAAAGAAAGGUUUCAGGGAACUCAUCAGAAAGUCAAAAUCAUCUGACUGAUGAAAUAAUAAACAUCAGUUCAGCAGCACAUCUAAAGAUGAAGAAUCCUCAAAGUGUCUGAAUGAAAAACAACAACACUGGAUUGAAGCAGGAUCAGUGUGAAGAUGUUUUGACCAGCAUGUGUUAGUACACAUGUAGCCGCCCCUUUAACAGACGCAUGAGCGAAAGUCACUUUAGUAGAGAACAUCAGAGCUUCCCAAAAUCAAACGCUCUUAUUGCCCGUCUGUCUCGCUAGUAAUAUUUGCUUUUAGUGAUUUAUCAGAUGAUUUUAUCCAAAGUGACUUACAUAUGAGUCAGAACAAGAGAAGCAGUCAGUGCAACAACAAGGGCACCACUGCUAAAGUAGAAGAGGAGUCUGUGUUAUCGUGUCAGGUGUUGACACAAGAGAGUCUUUUAGUCCAGUCUUAAAGAUGCUAAAGAAGAAGAAGACAGAUCAUCUCACCAUCGUGGAACAGUUCCAUAGAAGAUGAAAGUGAUUUUCUGUCUUUUUGUGAUGGUACCACAAGUAUGGCGUUUAUUUUGACCCAAAAGUCACGUGCGAUGCAAUCGCUCAUAAUGAUACACAAGCAUGAAAAAGCUGCUCCGCGAGCUGAAAAGAAUACUCCCGAGGGAUUGGAAUGAUUGGGAUGAGUGCUCUCGCGAAUCUCUCAGACUUUGGAGACUUUGGAGGCUGGACAGUUGACUGAUGACUCCGCAUCUGUGAUUGGUUGACAUUAUAGGAAGAAAAGACACAACAGGACAUGUUUAGUGGGACCAUCAUGUCGGAGCAGGUGAAACAUCACCUUUUGGAAAAUCGUUUGCAUAAAUUACAGCAGGCAAUUAUCAGCGCAACGUCACUGGAUUUGGAUUACUUGGAGUUUCUUUGUCGUCAGGAGCUGUAUAUACUGGAGGCCCUAUCUAAUCACAUACAAGCACCCCCUUUUUAUCACCCUGGCUGUGCAAGAGCUCUUUGACCUUGUGAGGGCACACGUGUAUUGUCCAGCCCUAUAUGUCAGAGUGGAAGUUGCUGGCACCACAGGACGACCAAAAGUUUUGGUUGAGGAACAACGCCUGAAAGAAACGCUCCAUGCUCACCUUCCUGUGCGCUGCAUAGCUACACUGAAGGGUGUUUCAAGUAGGGGUGGGCGAUAUAUAUCGUCUGCGAUACUAUCGUUAUUGAUGUGUUAACGAUGUGAAAAUUCUCAUUAUCGAGUAUUUAAAUUACUCCGAAAAAACAUGCAUUAAAACUCCACACAUUCAGAGGCUGCAGCAGGGCGUCACGUGAUUUCUGUUCUGCGCAUACACGUCGUCAUCUCUCUCACAGGCAUGGUUAGCGCAUGGCCGCCCGCAAGUUCUACACCGGUGCUGUGUCGAAAUCUGUGACCUAUCGAAAUCUGUGACCUAUCGAAAUCUGUGACCUAUCGAAAUCUGUGACCUAUCAAAAUCUGUGACCUAUCGAAAUCUGUGACCUAUCGAAAUCUGUGACCUAUCAAAAUCUGUGACCUAUCGAAAUCUGUAACUAGAGAGUGUUGUUUCGUAAUUAUUCACUCGAGAUCGUGCCUGGCGCACGUGAACGCUAUCGUGAGCGCGGAAGGGGAGUUUCUUAACUGUUUACCUGACCGCCCACUCCACGAUGACGUCAUGUUGCCUCGUGCUCUUGUGUUUGUGUAGCUUAUGCGUGAAGCCGACUUCUGGAGAAACAGAAGCGGCGACUGAAUACUGCACAGCAAGCUCUUUCAUUUAAAAGACAAGAACUGAAUACAUUCUGUAUUAUCAUGACGGUUUUUGUCUUGACUCAUAAUUUGAAGUAAAUCUACAUGUGAACAGUUUGCCUAUAAUGUUCUAUAAAGUUUCAGAAUCUGUCCAUGCCAGUGUGUAUAAUAGUGACUAUAUUUUAUUUGUCUGUAAAUUGUGGUCCUUGUUUGCUUUGAUGUUAUUUGUUAACAAAAGUAUAUUAUAUUAUUUAAGAUAAUCUGAUUUGGAAGUGCACCUUUUGGGCAGAUUUUCCUUUUUAUUUUUGUGCAAUCUUUGUACUGGCUAGUACUUGAAGUUAGGUAUUUGUUCAAUAAGGCCAUAGGUGGUAAGGCAAUAAGGCCGUAAGGACAAAUGGUUGUGUGCAAUAUGUUACAGAUCAGAGUACUUUAUUUACAGAUGCUAUUUGUUCAUUAUUAUUAUUAUUUCAUCUUGCUUGUCUGCUGCACAAUUUACAUUACAGCAGAGGUGUACAACUGAAUGUUUACUCAGAGUUCUAUGUUCUUACACUAGUUCAAUUAGU